AACAAGGGAUUCUUUCCGUUUUCCCUCCAAAAUUUGCCCCACUAAAUAGUCAUCUUCCCCGGUUUCGGGAAAUUUCUACUUCCCAUCACUUCAUACAUUCAUCCACAGCUCAUUUGCGAAUAUCUGCUUCUCACUCAAACCCUAACUACUGUAAAUCACAUGUUCCACUGAAUAAUCGCGGAUUAUGCUCUCGCACACAUUCCAAAUCCUUUAGGAUAAGGAAGUUGCAAGGUGGAAUGGCAUUGUAUGAAAAUACUGUCCCCUUGGAUGACACAGUUGCCCUCGACAGCCCCAUCACAAAAUCCGGGCGACUGAGUAUUGAUAUGAACACUCAGGUUUUGGAUGGAUGUGAAUCAGCUCAACAAUCGGGUGAUCAGAUGAAUGAUUACUUGGAGAAAGGUGUAGCUCUUGAUAGUGAUGAUGAAGGGGAGAAUCGAAAUGAGGCUGCAAAUUCGAUGAAUGAAUGUUGUGGUGUAACUGGAAGGUUUUCUGGCAGGAGUGUUAUAGGAUUGCUGAGACGACCGCUAGCUCCUGCAGGUUAUUUCCGGAGGCUUAACAAGGUUAAGAAGAAUGUGUUAGGUCGUCUUGAUUCAGCUAUAAGGGAAAUGGGUGAUGAAGAAAGUGCUGCUGAGAGGAUUGGUAUGUGUAAUGAUUAUAGAUUUAAAGAACAUCGUGUGGUUGUGGACAGUGUAGUAUCCAGUUCAUCAGAGCAAAAACCGGUUCUAAUGAAUCCAGCGAAUACAGAGGAAGAAUUACUCGAGAGGAAGUUGUCCUCAGAAGAAUCUAAGUACAUGGUUGUGGGGAAGGGUACAAAUUAUGACAUUAAGCGCUCAGAGGUGAUUGAAUCUCCACAAGUUUCAGAAUCACAAGAUAAGGCCCUGCGGUUUGUGGAAGACUACCUUUCAGUUUGUGAUUUGCGUUCACACGAAGACAUCCCAACUAGAAAGACAGACAUGAUCACGUCACCUCCCUAUUUGAGAGCAAAGGGUGCUCAAAGUUUGGCUAGGAGACUAACCCUUGGAUCAAUUGCUAGCAAGUUAACAACUUUUGACUGGGCUGAAAUGCAGAUUGAUAAGGCUGAGUACUCCUCACCAAGACUGUAUGGGGAUUCGGUCUUUGGAUUUAAAGGUGACAAACCUGGUUCUGUAACUGUCGAUCAAGAAUCUACCAAUGUUAAGUUGCAAAAUGAGAUCUUCAAUCCUCAGCUAGAAGAGAAGUUGCCUGGAAACAUGUUAAUUUCCAAUAAUUUUGACACAAUUUGGUUGAGCUCCAAUGACUCUGAAAAAGUGCGAUCAAAUCCUGGAAUGUGUAUUUCACCUGAUUCCAUGGGGUUGGACGAGCAGCUUGAUGCUGGAAUAUCAAGGCAGAAUGUGGAGAAUGUUGAACACUUAAGGCUUACACCAGAUGAAUCAUGUAUUGGCUUAGACACUCAAAUGGCUGCUGAAGCUAUGCAAGAAUUAGUACAUGCAGGUACUCCGAUGGCUGAUGUUUGUUUCAUCCAUCAAGGUUCGAACAACCCACUUAUGGACUCGUCUAAUGCGGUAAAUAAUAUGAGUAAAUCAAAUGCAGCCAGUCAGGAAGUGGCUUUUGUAGACUGGAGGUGCAAAGAGAAACGCUCUAAAACUAGAAAAAUUUCUAUUGUUCAGGACAAAAGUUUAUGUAGGUUGGCUGCAAAACGAGUUAAGAAACUGCGGAAAACUUUUUCUCAACAUGUGGUAGGCAAAAAUUUGACGACCAAGAAACUCAUGGCUGAGGAAUUCUUCAAUGACAGAACAGAAAAUACAAUAAACAGAAAAACUGCAGCAUCUUCAAGGAUCACCUUGCAGCAAGAGGAAUAUGGAAUUACUGAAAAAUUUAGCUCAAAAGAAUUUCAGAAACUUGAUCGUGUACGUAGCAGAUGGGAAAACGAGACAGCUGAUGGCAUCAAGUGUGAUCCCCCUCGAAAAGAAAAAAAGAUAAGUAGUAGCUUUCACAAAGGUUCAUGCAAAAAGGGGAUCGGUGCAACCUCCUUGAAGUCAAAUCUCGGUACAUCUUCUGAAGUGGUUAGAGACAAUGCAAAAGGCAAAGAAAACUCUUAUCUGGAUGUGGCUGAUAGGACUCUUUCAGAGUUCAGCACACGGGUCUAUCCAAAGGGGAAAAGAGCACAUGUAUCCAGACCACGCCAUGCAAUUUGCUCGAGUAACCAAAGUUUUGCAUUUGCCUCAAAUGAUAAUUUUCUGAAACCUGUAGAAGAAGCAGUAGGCAGGGAGGUAAAGCUAUUAGUCUAUAGCAGACGGCGCAAAGUUUCAUUAGGAAGAGAACACGCAGAGAGUUCUGUGAAAUUGGCUGUUGAUUUAAGUUCACCUCUUACUGAUAGUGCAGUUCCAGGCAAACAAGUAAAUAUUCCUAUUGAAUCUGAUGCCAACAAACAAUUAAAGCAAAUUGUUGCUGCAGAUGAUGUUUCAGUUAACAUGAAAGUAGACUCAUUGUCAAAGGGGAAUUCUGCCAAAAGAAAGCGAUCAUCAUUGAGCCCUCUUUCAAGAUCUCCCCUAAUGAAAGAGCUUACAAGAUUGGGUUACACUGAUUCAUUGCCUGAUUUUCUUCCUAAAGAUUUAAGAAGGAGAAGAGCUACAGAGAAAGUAUGCAUUUUGUUCAGCCAGAACUUGGACACAAGCACACUCAAGCGGCAGAAAAAGAUUGUAGCACGACUAGGAUUUUCAAUUGCAUCAUGUUCCUCUGCUGCAACACAUUUUGUAGCUGAUAGAUUUGUACGGACAAGGAACAUGUUGGAAGCCAUUAGUCUUGGCAAACAUGUGGUGACACAUUUAUGGCUUGAGAGCUGCGAACUAGUUGGCUAUAAUGUUGACGAAAAGAGUUACAUCCUCAGAGAUGAGAAAAAGGAAAAAGAAAUUGGUUUCAACAUGCAUGUUUCGCUCACUCGCGCCAAUCAACAUCCACUUUUGAAGGGUCGUAGAGUCUUGAUCACCCCAAAUGUGAAACCUAGUGUCGAUGUGAUAAACAGCUUGGUCAAGGCAGUUCAGGGAGAGGUGGUCCAAAGCAUACUGAAUGCGACGAAGGAUAAGCUGAUUCACAAUGAUGUACUAAUCCUCUCCUCUGAAGAAGAUUAUACAAUUUGCUUACAGUAUCUCCAUAAAGGAGCUUCCAUCUAUGACUCAGAGCUUUUGCUGAAUGGAAUUGUAACUCAGGAACUGCAAUACGAGAGGUAUAGGCUUUUCAAAGAUAGGAAGGAGAAUGGCCAUUGACGUCUGUCAUCAAAGGCAAAUUGGAUGAUGUAUAUGAUGUACAGAGUGCAACUCAUCAGUCAUCCCUACUCAUAUGCGCACAGGAUGUGAUGUGCACCUCUUUUCAUGCUUAUUAAUGGUUAGUUUUCAGUUUUCAAUUUUUGUAAUAAUUUUAUAAUAUAAAAAUGAUUUGGAGUUUUAAUUAGGAUUUGUUUUCAAAAUUUUAGGGUUUAUAUAAUUUGCUUCUUAUUUUUUGUAUAUAAUUGUUUGAUUGCUCAAAAUGUGGGUCUCUAUAUAUUUUUACUUUUUAGUUUUUUGUCAGUCUCUUUUAUUAGGGUUGAUCUUUUCAUAAUUAGGAUUUAUUAUUAUCUUUAGUUAUUAUUUAAU